UUUCAAGAUGGCUGCAUUUACCCAAAACCUUUUGUGGUUGUCAACACGAAUAGUAUCAGAGGAAGAUUGUGAUUGCUUACGAUUCAUUGCAUCAUCAGUACUGGACAUAAACCAACAACACAAGAACCCAAAAGAAAUACUUGAAGAAUUGGAAAAAGCCAAUUUGCUUUCAGAAAAUAACAUUCACAUUGUAUAUGAUGCUUUGACAUUAAUGAAACGAAUUAAACUACAAAGUGAAUUUUUGGAAAAAAUUGGCUCCCAACAAUACACACACAAGUCUUCUGUAAUCUCUGCAUUUACAAGAAUGCUGAUCAGUGUACGUCACACCCUGGGCAGUUACGAGUUGUCAAAUGUAGUAUAUUUCUAUAAGAAAGACAAAGGUGCUGGAGUUAUUAAGUAUGAAAAUCGUGCCUAUGCCGUCUUACAAUACCUCGUGGAUAAACUUUUAUUGACCAAUGAUGUAGAAAGCUUGAACAAAUUUGCAGAGGUUCUAGAAGUAGCGACAAGCAUUAAAGGACAGAGUUUUGUUAAAAAAUAUUUGGAAGGAAAUCCCAAUGUGCCAGAGAGAGCAGGAUCAGAAUCCACCCAGGAUGGUUUGAGUACCUGUACUGUUGAUUUUACACAAGAAGAUUCAGAUGAAAUAAGUAAAGCUGGGAAUAAUAUGAAUUCCUCAGCAGUCAAUUCAGGGCCUACUUCAGAAGCAACUGGACAAGACCACGGUGAAAACACACUGCCCAGAGACAGGGAUUCCACUGAUCUUGGAUAUUCUUUACCUCUUCUUCCCCCAGUCUUUUAUUUACAAAUUUCAGAAAUAGAUGCUACAGAAGCAAACAGAGGGGAUAAUGUGAAUUCCUCAGCAGUCAAUUCAGAGCCUACUUCAGAAGCAACUGGACAAGACCAUAGAGAAAAUAGAACAGACCAUGGUGAAAACGCACUGCCCAGAGACAGGGAGUCCACUGAUCUUGGAUAUGCUUCACCUCUUCUUCCACCAGAAAUAGAUGCUGCAGAAGCAAACAGAGGGGAUAAUGUGAAUUCCUCAGCAGUCAAUUCAGAGCCUACUUCAGAAGCAACUGGACAAGACCAUGGUGAAAACACACUGCCCAGAGACAGGGAGUCCACUGAUCUUGGAUAUGCUUCACCUCUUCUUCCACCAGAAAUAGAUGCUACAGAAGCAAACAGAGGGGAUAAUGUGAAUUCCUCAGCAGUCAAUUCAGAGCCUACUUCAGAAGCAACUGGACAAGACCAUGGUGAAAACACACGGCCCAGAGACAGGGAGUCCACUGAUCUUGGAUAUGCUUCACCUCUUCUUCCACCAGAAAUAGAGGCCCCGGCAGAAGCAGGCAGAGGGAAUAAUGUGAAUUCCUCAUCAGUCACUUCAGAGCCUACUUCAGAAACAGAUGCCCCGGCAGAAGCAGGCAGAGCAGUUGUGUUAGAAGCAGAUACAGGAGUAGGUGGUGGAGGAAGAAAAUGUCUCCUAAUGUAUUGGCUAAUCGCAUGUGGUAUAGUAGUGAUCUCGAUCACUGCAUUUACAUUGCUGAAUAUUUACCCAGAAAUAAAAGUGCCACUAAUGUAUUGGCUAUACGCAUGUGGUACAGUUGUGAUCUUGACCAUUACAUAUAUAUUGCUAAAUGUUUACCCUUAUAUGAAUUCCUUUUCUAAAGAAAAAAAAGUAAUUUGUGCACUGUUUAUUUGUUUGAUUGUCUCAUUUUUUAUUGGUGUAAUAUAUAAUGUUUCACUUUCUGAUAUCAUACAGGAAAGACAUAAUACACAGAGGUCUUCUAUCUUUGCGUGUUUUGUUAUUAUCAUAAUAAUACUGAUUGCAUUAUAUGAUUUCAAUGCCACUCUGUCUGAACUUGAGUCAUUAUCUGAUAUAAAGAAAGUAGCUGUUUCUUGUAUUAUCAUCAUUUUCCUCUUAAUGUUAUUUCAUGUAAUUUCAAAUAUAGAACGUAUAUUGAAACCUCUUUUUGACAUAUUGUUGGUGUUAUGGAAAUAGAGAUGGCAAUUCUUUCAUAAUACUGUAAAGAAUUUUAUUUUUAUACUCCAUUGUUUGAGGGACAAAAAGUCUUGCCUGAUGCUGUAGUAAAUCCAACAUUCCUAGAGAUAAUUCUAGGAAUUUUGAAGUAUUAAUAUUAAUGUUGUAAUAUUGCUCAAGAUACUGUAAGGGACCUUUUAUGUACUUUCAUAGGCCUAUAAUGCUGUGGGUUCACUCUAUGCUUACACCUCAACUUUGUGACAUAAAAUCAUGAGAAAGUAUAAUACAUAAUUCAAGUACUGUAUUGAAAGAAACGCCAUCAUUGCGGGAAUCAAUAUUUUGACAUUAAUUAUGUCAUCAUCAGGAAUGAUGAUACAAUCAUGAGGUAGCCUAAAACUAGUCACAGUAACUGGUCAUGACUGCCAGGGCUGAGUACCACACUACCCUACAGUUUUUCAACAUUUUAAGGUGCGAGGCUGACCAUCUAACUACUGUAUAUUUUUUUUAAUGGUGCAUUGAUCCUGUGCUACAUAGGUUUCAUCCCCCUUGCAUAGGCCUAAAAAGCUUCUGUUGCCCAUAUGUUAUGAUCAUGUUUUAAAAACAACAACUAGACAUUGGUACCAUAUCACACCGAUUUUCCUUUUCUAUUGUCAGUGCUCGAUUUAGAAAUUCAUAACAGAGUUGGCCCAAGGGAGGCACUUUUACAGGUAGAGGGUGUACCCAACCUCAGCCCAACCAUGGUUUUGGGCUGAGGUAAGAAAUUCUAUGAUUAUGGCACCUUUAGAUGGCCGAAAUGGCACCUUUUGAUUUAAAUUCUAAUACGAUUUUCAUUUUUUUCAAUUAUUAUUUGUUAUUUUGAAAAAUUUAGGGACUUGGGCGGCUGCCCUAGCUUUGAAUCCGCCUUUGAUUAUCGUCACAGAGGUAAAAUGAGACUCUUAAUAUUUGAAACCUUGCAAUAAAAUAAGAGACAAGAGUAAAUAAAAAAUUACUUUGUGUGGCCCAAGCCUCAUUGACCCAAAAUCUCGAAAAUAUACUGUAUUAUCAGCUUUUUUGCAAACUCCAUGGAGAGUGGCUUUUUAGCUGCAUUAUUGUUUGUAUUUGCAUAGGUACCCAUUUGAAACUUAUUGGAAAAAUGCUAUUGUCAUAGGUAGGGAUGACAGCAUUUCAUUAUUAAGUUUUCUUAUUACUUAUUGUUUAGAUUUACACAAUUAUGUUAUAAAAAGAUAUUCAUUGUCAGCAUAUAAUAAAAUAUUGUUCUAAAGAGGGUACAUCUAAAAUACUGUUUUCAAGUCGUCAGAUCUAUUAAAGACUAACAUCAGCCAUUUUAAAGUUUUUUGGAAACUGCUUGCGACCUAAGACAAAAGUUUGGUGACCCACUUUUGGGUCGCGAACCAUAGGUUCAGACCCAUCUACAGCAAUGUUUAUCACAAAAAAAUUUAAGGGAUCAAAUGAUGAUGAAAUUGGAUUGAGAGAUAGACCUAGUCUGCUUAAUAUAACAACUUUUUUUCCCUCAAAAAAUGUUAUUGGAGAGGCUAAUGGAAUGAAUCUUAUUUCAUAACUUUUAUUUCAAAUAAGAAUGUAGUACAGCAUUUAUGUUGAUCUUCCUUUUUUUACGGGGAUGUCGCCAUGUUUUUAAGAUUAUUCAUUAUGUCCAGUGUAUCUCAUGUGUAUUAGUAUAGUAAUGAAUGAUUUAAAUUAAGUUAAUUUUACUCAGCUUUUUUGUAGUGUUUUAUCUUACAAGAAUUAUCCAUUACUGUUUGUAAUAUGUAGGACUAUGUAUAAAUUCAUGAAUUUUAAUAUAGCUGUAAAUACAGGACCAUUCAGUUUCUUAUUUGUAUACAAUAAAAUUGUACAACUUUUAAAAAAAUCUAUGCUUC